AUGUCCCCUGACUGCGCGCUGGCGGCGGCCGCGGGCACCGGGCCCCCGCGCCUCCCGGCGCCGGACAAUCGGACGCGCUUCUCCUUCUUCUCCGAGGUCAAGGGCGACCACCGGCUGGUGCUGAGCGCCGUGGAGACCGUGGUGCUGGCGCUCAUCUUCGCGGUGUCGCUGCUGGGCAACGCGUGCGCCCUGGUGCUGGUGGCGCGCCGCCGGCGCCGCGGCACCACCGCCUGCCUGGUGCUCAACCUCUUCUGCGCCGACCUCCUCUUCACCGGCGCCAUCCCGCUCGUGCUGGCCGUGCGCUGGACCGAGGCCUGGGCGCUGGGCCCGGCCGCCUGCCACCUGCUCCUCUACGUGAUGACCCUGAGCGGCAGCGUCACCAUCCUCACGCUGGCGGCCGUGAGCCUGGAGCGCGUGGUGUGCAUCGUGCGGCUGCAGCGCGGCGUGCGGGGCCCCGGGCCGCGGGCGCGGGCGGCGCUGCUGGCGCUCAUCUGGGGCUACUCGGCGCUGGCCGCGCUGCCGCUCUGCGUCUUCUUCCACGUCCUCCCGCAGCGCCUGCCCGGCUCCGAGCAGGAAAUUCUGAUUUGCACACUGGUUUGGCCCAGCCUCGCCGGAGAAAUCUCCUGGGAUGUGUCCUUUGUCACUCUGAACUUCUUGGUGCCGGGACUGCUCAUUGUGAUCAGCUACUCCAAAAUCUUACAGAUCACCAAGGCGUCGCGCCAGAGGCUGACGGUGAACCUGGCCUACUCGGAGAGCCACCAGAUCCGCGUGUCGCAGCAGGACUUCCGGCUCUUCCGCACCCUCUUCCUGCUCAUGAUCUCCUUCUUCAUCAUGUGGAGCCCCAUCAUCAUCACCAUCCUGCUCAUCCUGGUCCAGAACUUCAAGCAGGACCUGGUCAUCUGGCCGUCCCUCUUCUUCUGGGUGGUGGCCUUCACGUUCGCCAACGCGGCCCUGAACCCCAUCCUCUACAACAUGUCCCUCUUCAGGAACGAGUGGAGGAAAGUCUUUCGGGGCAUCUUCUUCCCGGACAAGGGAGCCAUGUUUACAGACACGUCUCUCCGGAGAAAUGACCUGUCUAUUAUCUCCACGUAG